GUAAUUAAAUACGGGCCUUUCGCCACCCAAUCUCAUCUUCCAAAGCUCCGAAGCUCAAUAAAUCCUCCAAUCAAAACAAAUAUUUGAAGACGAUCGCUACCGCCACGCCCCGUUUCAUUUCUAUAAGCUGAAGCUCAAGAGUCAAAUCCUGCACUUUUUCCUUUUUUAAUCCCUUUUUCGCUACUCGCUAGGCACCAACAAAACUAGCUACAUUUUCAGCUGUCUCACACUCAAGUUUAACCGGACGGCUGUUUCUAUCCGGUGGUGAACUUAUGAAUACUAUUGAUUGACAAAUGUUUUGUGGAUAAAUCGUGCUAUUUCUGCUCAUGGGUUGUGUCUUGACAAAAAAUAGUAGACGAACCCCUGGUUAUGAGGAGUCUACUGUUCUUGCUGCUGAAACACCUUUCACUGUUAGGGAAGUGGAGGCCUUGUAUGAGCUGUUUAAGAAAUUAAGCAGCUCAAUAAUUGAUGAUGGGCUUAUUCACAAGGAGGAGUUGCAGCUUGCACUCUUCAGGAACAGGAAUAGGAGGAAUCUUUUUGCUGACAGGAUCUUUGAUCUGUUUGAUGUCAAGCGAAAUGGGGUCAUUGACUUUGAGGAAUUUAUUCGAUCAUUGGGUGUCUUUCAUCCAAAUGCACCUGUAGAGGACAAAAUUGCAUUUGCUUUCAAAUUGUAUGAUCUAAGGCAGACUGGUUUCAUUGAGUGGGAGGAGUUAAAGGAGAUGGUAUUGGCACUUCUACAUGAAUCAGAUCUCAUUCUUUCCGAUGAUGUCGUUGAAACUAUUGUGAAUAAGACUUUUAGUGAUGCUGAUACAAAAGGUGAUGGAAAGAUUGACUUAGAAGAAUGGAAAAAAUUCGUGUCAAAGAACCCUUCUCUGUUGAAGAAUAUGACUCUUCCAUAUUUGAAGGACAUAACCUUGACAUUUCCUAGUUUUGUGGAGAACUUAGAUUCCGCAUGAUUUCAUUUCUAUGGUUCACCGGAAGAGGUAGAAACAAGCUUAAAGAAAGUAAAGGUAAGUCUCUUGAAACACAACCGAGCUAAAACAUCAUCAGUGACUGUUCUAUUUUGCAAUCUUACAAGGUUUUUAUAUUGUUUUUCAAGUAUGAAUUAAUUGUAAAUAGGUUAUUAAGAUGCCAUUAGCCUUUGAAGAGGUAAAUUUUCAGUCCCACUCUUGUUCCUUACGUAAUAGAGGCAAUGUUUUAGUAUUGUAAAGUGUUUACUCGAGUUGCAUAAUUUGUUGGAUCCAUUUUUUUGUAAAAUCAAUGGAUAGAUUUGAUCCUUUUAGACUUGCAAA